AUGNUGCUGGACCUCUACAAUGCGAUGUCGGUGGAGGAAGAGGGCCCCAGUGAAGGUGGCGCCGAAGGUUUCUCCUACCCUUACAAGCCCAUCUUCAGCACUCAGGGGCCACCCCUGGCCAGUCUGCAGGACAGCAGUUUCCUGACCGAGGCAGACAUGGUCAUGAGCUUCGUGAACAUGGUGGAACAUGACAAGGAGUUCUAUCAUCAGCGCAGUCACCAUCGUGAGUUCCGAUUUGACCUCUCUAGGAUCCCCGAGGGUGAAGCAGUAACUGCAGCUGAGUUUCGAAUUUACAAGGACUACAUUAGAGAACGUUUUGAUAAUGAAACAUUCCAAAUCAGUGUCUACCAGGUCCUCCAAGAACACCCAGGAAGGGAUUCAGAUUUGUUCUUACUUGAUACGCGUAUAAUUUGGGCUGAAGAAGAAGGUUGGCUGGUAUUUGAUAUUACAGCAACUAGUAAUCAUUGGGUGGUAAACCCGCAGCACAAUCUUGGCCUGCAGCUAUCAGUGGAGAGUAUAGAUGGACAAAGCAUCAAUCCGAAGUUUGCUGGUCUUAUUGGAAGGCAUGGCCCACAAAACAAGCAGCCAUUUACAGUGGCCUUUUUCAAAGCUACCGAAAUACACCUUCGAAGUAUCCGUUCUACAGGAGGUAAACAGCGGAAUCAAAACCGUUCGAAGGCACCUAAAAAUCAAGAAUCUUUUCGAGUGUCGAAUCUCGGAGAAAACAGCAGCAGUGACCAAAGGCAAGCUUGCAAGAAACAUGAACUCUAUGUCAGUUUCAGGGAUCUUGGCUGGCAGGACUGGAUCAUCGCUCCAGAAGGUUAUGCUGCUUAUUACUGCGAAGGAGAAUGUGCUUUUCCAUUGAACUCUUACAUGAAUGCAACAAAUCAUGCUAUUGUACAAACACUGGUUCACUUUAUAAACCCCGAUACCGUGCCGAAACCUUGCUGUGCCCCAACACAACUCAACUCCAUUUCCGUCCUCUACUUCGAUGACAGCUCCAAUGUCAUUUUGAAGAAAUACAGAAACAUGGUGGUACGAGCCUGUGGCUGCCAUUAACAGCCUAGUCAGGAAAGCUAUUUCAAAAUGUGCAGA